CCCAACACUCGGUCACAUCCGGUCGUAUAUAUGUUGCCACGAGUUAGCGGUGAAUUUGGAGAGUGUCCAUUUUGAGCGUAUUGGCGUUUUUGACAUUUUGUGUUAAAUCUCUUGGACGAGUCCACCAUUCACAAUGGCAGAUGCUGAAAAUCUGCUCAUGGAGAUGUCAGAGCAGAAUGGCAACGAGGGAGAGGAGGACCAAAACGGAGCCGAGCAGGAGCUGAUGGGUGAAGAGGACAAUGGCACAGAUGGAGGCAAGAUCGAUGCCAGCAAAGGGGAGGAGGAUGCUGGUAAAAUGUUCGUGGGCGGGCUCAGCUGGGAUACAAGUAAAAAAGACCUGAAGGAUUACUUCAGUAAAUUUGGCGAGGUGUCAGACUGCACUAUCAAGAUGGACUCCAACACUGGCCGAUCCCGAGGCUUUGGAUUCGUUCUUUUUAAAGACCCUGCCAGUGUGGACAAGGUGCUGGAACAAAAGGAACACAGACUGGAUGGACGUCAGAUUGACCCUAAGAGGGCGAUGGCCAUGAAGAAGGAACCCGUCAAGAAGAUCUUUGUUGGGGGGUUGAACCCAGAGGCAACAGAGGACGCCAUCAGGGAAUAUUUCGGAGCCUUUGGAGAGAUUGAAACUAUUGAGCUUCCCAUUGACCCCAAAUCGAAGAAAAGGAGGGGUUUCAUUUUCAUCACAUACAAAGAUGAAGCCAGUGUCAAGAAAUGUCUGGAGAAGAAAUACCACAGCAUCCAGGGUGGCAGAUGCGAGCUGAAGAUUGCCCAGCCAAAGGAGGUGUACCAGCAGCAGCAGUAUGGAGCAGGACGUGGCGGUGGUUAUGGAGGCCGGGGAGGCAGGGGCCGUGGAGGUCAGGGCCAGGGCUGGAACCAGGGCUAUGGAAACUACUGGAACCAAGGCUAUGGCAACCAAAGCUAUGACCAGGGCUAUGGCAACUAUGAUUACUCUUCUGGUUACUAUGGAUAUGGCCCCGGAUAUGAUUACAACCAGGGCAGUGCCAGCUAUGGGAAAACUCCAAGACGGGGGGCACACCAGUCCAACUACAAGCCAUACUGAUCACGUGAUAUUGUAAAGACUCCAGUGAUCCAGCGAUACAGGCGGCUGAGCGGAUACACUGGGCCUGACGCAACCUCUUUUAUGACAGAAAACCAUUUGUACAGAGAACAUCAGAAAUGUAACUUUUCCUUUUUUUUUUCUUUUUUUUUUUUUUAUCCUAUCAUUUUAGGUUUUAUUUUCUCUUGGUGUUGUUCUGUUUGUUUUUGUUUUGUUUUUUGUUUUUUCUCCCCCCCCUCCACAUUUCCAUCGAUGGAAGUGUAAUUUUUACUGUACUUUUUGGUACCUGUUUUGAUUCUAAUGUAUUGUAAGGGUUGUAUUUUACAUGUUUGCUGGCUUUACAGGUUGAAAAUCUUGGCGCUGUAAAGGAGCUUUUUUGACAAAAUAAACAAUUUUCAUUAAUA